AUGAAUGAUAACAAGGGAGCCCUCAGAAUAACAAGCGAUAAACCCAAGGAUCCACGUAGGGUCGAGGCUGGUAAGAGACUAGCAGCUAUUAGUAGGCAGGCGAAAGAGAGGAAGAGAAUGAAAAUGGCAGAAUCUGAGGAAAAGGACAGUUGGUCAUCCAACACCAGCUAUCUAGUUACAGGUAUCGGGAUACUCAUCGGAAUUGCCUCUCUUUAUUUCAGUUACAAGGAUGAUAAGAGGGGGGAGGCACAAAUGAAGGAAACUAAUAGCAAAGAAAAAACAGUCAAAACUGAGGGGUUGCUCGACAGCUUGGAGUAAGGAAGUAAAACAUACACUAUAGUAUAUAAAUAAUGUUAGCUGAGAAAGAGUCAAUGAACGAAGUGUACGACGCAGUGCUAAUCACAGCUGGAGCAGUGGCAGUAUCUAUGGCUUCGAAGAAACUGCUAAAAGAACCGUUGGGAACUCCUGAGAGCUUAAAGGGGUUCAGUAAACUCGCAGUUUCUGUAAGUGUUUCGGCGCUGCUAGUGAAGUACCUACAAAAGAAAAAGUAUUUACCAAUUGACCCCUUCAGUAAUAAGUAAGUUAUGACUUAUCAUAUAGAUGGUAAGUGUGGUAGCAGGUGGUGUAUUUAACGCGAUAGCGUUCGCUGGGGCAGGGUUCCUGUUCCAACACCUCAACAAGAAUGGGUAUGAAGAAGAGAUGAAAAGACAUAACAAAGCACUCGAAGACCUAGCGAAAGCUAAAGAGCUAUUUAGUGAAAACGAAAUAAGGGAAAGAGACCGCAUACAGAAACUAAGGCAGGAGCUAUCAGACGCAAACGCCGACAUAAAACACACAAACCAGUCCCUGGAACUUCUGAGAAAAAUACGAACUGUGAUGUAUAAUGGAACCAAGUUCACAGAAGAGCCGAAACUCAAGGACUUCUACAAACCCAGUCCCGAGAUGGAAAAAUAUCAAGCAAUCGUUGGCGCUGCAAUUGGG